GCAGCUCAGGUCCCCACCAUUCUCGCAGCUCGAGGUCCACUCCCUCGGCCUUUCGCGUCGCAAGCGCGUCUUCAUCACUAUCGGCCGCAGGACUUCGUGAACCACGCCGGGUUUCGCCGCGAUGCCGUCUUCCACACCGAUAGGUCCCAAACGUGGCACAGGUACCACCGCCCCGUCAAUCAGCAGUUCCCUCCGCGACAGGCUUGCAGCAGUCCUUCCCCAGGGGCACAACUUUGGCAUUCACCACAUCUCGACGCCGCCAACGCCAACGGAGCCCCUUUGCGUAGCCCCACCAGGUCACCGGCCAGACAAGACAUACAGGGAAAACCACUUCCUUGCUGUCUCAAUCCACCCCCAGGACGGGAGUGUCGCGGCUCCCAAGCGCGCUUCACCGGGCGCCGAUCGGGCCAAGGAGCCGGUCUCGAAGAAGCAGGCAUUGGUCUUCGCCAUCGAGGUCUUGAUCUUCACCACCGCUUACCAGACCACGCUCUUCGUAUCCAAAGCCGACUCGACCGGCUAUCUCCAUCUUCUCAACAUCCCGAAAGGCGCUCCGUCUCCAAUUCGCCAAGUAUCCGCCACCUUCCUCGCCUACCUUCUUGACCAUCGACGGCGCAACCAUGUCCAAUCCGUCGUCAAUCUAUUCGCUCGCGCGCAAGCACAAUAUCUGUUCCCGGGAAGUGUCCGCAACAAGGGAAAGCAUGUCCUGGACGAUCGGGGGCUCGUUCGAUGGUGGUGCAGGGUCCUGAGCCCGCUUAUGGAGGGGCUCAGCAAGGAACCAUGGGCCAGCACCAAGGGCUACCUGCUUGUUCCCGGGUUGGAGGAGAUGGAAAUGCGAGCUUUCAUACCGCGAACCACGGCGAGCAUAGCGAAUUGGGUGAUCGGCCACCCCCUCGAACGAACAUCCCAUUACACCCGCGAUUUCGACAAUGUCCCACCGCGAUGCCUUAUCCCUGGCUACCCAGACGACCCUAAAUCUCGAUUCCGCGACGAGCUGGACGAGGAGGUAUCCAAGCAGAAACAAGGCAUUGGGGCGUGGAAGAGCGUCAGGUCAUUAGAGCAGUUUUGGGAGAUGAUGGCAUUCCGCCAGGAGUGCUCCAGCGGGCGUUUAACCGGAUUUGUCUGGUUGGUUUUCGACCCAAACCAACCGUCCACGAACCCCCCCUCAGCAGGUCCUCCGGAAACGAAGCAUGCAGCCCCUAACGCCUCCUCCGGUUCGUCUUUGCCUCCAACCAUGCCUGCGACACCACCUCGACGACGGCUCGACAUCUCCUCUUCCACCCCGCGAUCAAGCCCACUCAAAGCGCCAACUUCUCCCACCGCGCCCCCAUCCGCAUCAACCAAAAUCCCCAAGAAGAAAGCUAAAAAGAAACCGUCCGGUCGAAUCGUGCCGCGUGCACCCAAGAUCAAGACACAUGCGCGCAGUUACCUGGCCAACCGCCCGACAGUAACCGCCUACUACUACUGGCCGCCUGAAGGCCGCGGCGAUAAGAUGGUGGAGGAAGCAGAAUACAAACGCAUCGUCGAUUUGUUGCUUCACCUGGACUUCUCAACCCUCGACAAGACCGUGGGCAGCUCCAGGCGAUGGCUCAACGAGGUCGGCAUAGGCGAUGGCGGGGAGGGGGAUGUUAUAGGCAAGGCAGCCAUCCCCGACUCGCUACGAACGAAUGGAACCGCCUUGGGGGGCACCAGUGGAAACGUGACGAACCUAACUGGGCUGAUCAGAAGGAAAAACGCGCCAGUAUCGUCAGAAACCGAUAGCAGUCGACAACCAGGCCCGACGACCAAGGAAUCGGCCGAGCCCGCAGCAAAGGUAAAUGUCCUCAACGCCAACCUAGUACGAAAGAGGAAGAAGGCGGCCGAAAACACUUGAUCCUCCAAGGUGGGGGUUGUCGGUCACCAUCCACCCAAGUGCCACUUUCAUGACCGUCAAGGGGAAAUUGGGCAUCGGUAUGCAACGUCGAGGUCUGCGCCCGUACGGUGGGUGGUGUAAUUGCGUGACAAAGGCGCCGCCCAUUGGACAUCUUUCAGGAUCACUGCUCCAUGCAGCCGUCG